AUGCGUUCCAGCAUUGCUUGCUCCCGCUGCCGGCGGUCCAAAGUGAAAUGUGUGAACAAUGGGGUCGGCACGCAAUGUCGGGCUUGUGAAUCGGCGGGGCGAGAAUGUGAAUACCCAGCAGCUUUGGCGGGAGGACACGGGAACAGCGCUCGCAAUCGGGAUAGCAUGUUGGGGCGCGGAGAGCUCGCAUCGGUUUUGGCAGCCGGGAUGGAUCCUGAGCGUCGGCAACGACCGCGAAAGGGCACACAGGCAUAUGUCGCUGGCUUCUCCGCCGGACCCCGUGAAAGUCCUCGACCUCUCCUUGACGCGCUCGAUCCGAAGAUCCUGACCGCUAACGUCUGGCUGGAACUUUUGGAGAUCUAUGAAUUCCACUACUCGGCCGAUCUGCCGUUCAUCCACUCGACGACCUUCAAAAAGCCACUCAAUGCUGCCAAAUCGCAGCCUCCAGUGUACAACGCAAAUGGUGCCUUACCAGUCGUCGUAAAGCCGCCAAUGUCUAGCGAAUUCCUGCUCGCCUUCCUUGCACUGACUGCACGCUUCCAUCCGAAGUUGGUCGCCCACCAUUCACCACACGUUCAGGGUCGUCCCAGCAACCCGAUGCUCGCUUCAGAAUAUUACGCGGAGGCUGCGAAUGAACGGUUCAUACCAUACACACUUGGUCAGAGCAAAGAGACCAUCGAGCUUGUGCAAGCAUAUCUUAUGCUGGGAUUGCACGAAUGGGGUGCGUCGCGAGGGUGGCAUGCGUGGCGUUUGGUCGGACAAGCUGUGCGGACUGCACAAGGAUUGGGCCUGCAGUUUGACGCAGAUCUAGACGAUCCUACGACGAACCGGUCUCUUCCCAUCGACAACGAUGUCGAUGCGCCCGAGGCUGACGUUGGUCUGAAGUCCGGCGAUUUCUCAGGUCGCGGAAUGCUGGCAUCUGAGGAUGCAGAUCUUUUCUUGCAGCAGGAGAUUAGGCGUCGCACCUUUUGGAGUUGCUUCAUCUUGGAUCGAUAUACUAGCAGUGGGAAGUAUCGCCCGCAUAAUCUCGAUCCGAGAUUGUUCCGCGUUCAGCUGCCCGCAAGCGAGCGCAAGUUUGUCUUCGUUGAUCGCGUGCGCACGUUGAUGCUGGGAGAAGAUGAGGAGCAGGCUCAACAAAGACAACUCGAAUCUGCGAAGCGAAUCAAGGUGGAGAAAAAGGAUUCGCCGCCACGAGGCUGGACACGUCUUGAUGCCCGAGAGAAUAAGGUUCGAUUGGAAGCUGGCGAGAAUGAAGGUAUCAUCAGUCGCCACGUGAAAGUUCUAGAUUUGUACGGCAAGGUGUUGCACUGGGCAUGCGCCGGCGGUCGUCGGACAGAACAACAUCCUCCAUGGGACGAGCGAUCUAAAUUUGCUCAGCUCCGGCGAGAUUGUCAAGAGUUCAAGGAAACGCUCCCCGACACGUUGACUUUGAGCCGCAACAACCUGCAAGCACACAUUGAAGGCCGCGGAGCAGCUGCGUAUAUGCUCAUCCAUGUGGUCCACCUUUUGUGCCAGGUCUACCUCCAUCGUGAGUACUUGCCUCUACUGCCUAUGAGCCAAACCAAACCUAGCGGACCUUUGGACGAGCCUUCCUUCACAGGCGAAAAUGACAAAGUGCCGGAGGGAUUUUGGGAGGACAACGCCGAUACCUGCUUCGGCGCAGCUCGCGAUAUCAUCGACCUCAUCACUACUUGCAAUGGGUACUGUCGGCUUGCGGAAACGCCAAUCAUUGCUUUCGCUCUGUACAGCGUUGCUUUCAUUGGCGUAUACUGCAUCACGUUCCCGGAGAUGGACCCUAGGGGCCACAUGUGCACCCCUCUUGCACAGCGCACAUCAAAUCCUUCACAAGGUCGCAGCCCAGGCUUCAGCGCAGCGACCGGUGCUGCAGAGCUCCUAGCUAGCCUACAACCACGUCUUCCAAUGGCUGUUGGAUGGUAUCGAACCAUUCGUCGUGUCGGCAAAUUCUUCAAAAGUGCCAAAGACGCCCACGCAGGCGGUCGUCGUGCAUCACAGGGCGGAGCAAGUAGCCCGAUCUCAGAUCGUGCAGCUGGUGGUGGUGUGGCAGACGGCGAUGGCUCUGAUGUCAAUGGCACCUCUAGUGGCGACGAAUACAGACUUUUCGAACGAACUCUCGCCGACUUCAGCAGAUCAGAUCUCGACGACGUUGAAAUGGCCGAUGCUGAUCCUUACCGAAAGACGUACGAUGACUCGAGCAGUCACGACACAGCUGACGGCAGAAGUGAGGAUAUGGACACCCGCAACGGUCCCAGCCCGAAUGGAACCGACUCGGCGACUAAAGCGGAGGCUCCUGUCAGCGCUGGGGGUGGCUCUUGGAGCGCUAUCAACACUACCAGCAGCAACCCACCUUCAAGAAAUGCGAGCAUCUCUGCUCCUGUGAGCAAUGGCGGUUUCCGAGCCUACGAAUCUUACCCGACUCAUUCUCCUGGACCGCAGACGUCUGGACCCACAACCGGCCAGCCACAGCAGCCGCCGCUGCCGACUCACGGAGGGUUCCGCCCAGCAUAUUCCAGCAGCACACCCAAUUCUGCUGGAGCUCCAGCAAGCAUUCUCUCGCCUGCCAAUGGCGUGCCCAUCACGGGCGGAUCGUCAUAUGAGCAGCAACGUCCUCGUGGCGGAUCGUAUCUGGGCGCCGAUGCAUGGAACCCACAAACGUCCUCCUCCUACAGUGCUAUGCCGCCUCCAAACCAACUAACGCCCCCGACAUCGCACACAAGCGUUAACAGUGGGAGCCACCAACGGGACGAGCGAUAUGCAUCUGCAAACACCAACUCUGGCAGCAACGGAUACCCCCGUGGCGCAGCCCAACAACCCGGCUCGACCUCCUCAAACACCGCUCCGUCUCGCGCCAACAAUCAAGCUUCAGCGUCGAGCAAUGCCGAAAAUCGCCAUGUAUCCACCGAAGCAUGGCUCGCGUCUCUGCCACAAGCGCUGGGCGCCGACGACCUCGCGGCUUUCACCGACGGCGUAGAGCCAGGUCUGUACUAUUCAUCGUCAAAUAGCGACGAUCAGCAGAAUAAUGGCACGAAUCUUCCCAACGCGGCUUCCGGCUGGUUGGUCGCUGUGUACGCUAAUUGA